ACUCAUGCUGGGACUUGCAGCGCCGCCGGUGACGUCACCUCGCCCAGAAGACUACACUUCCCGGCAUGCCUAGGGCGGGGCACGGCGAGACUGAGUGAGAGCAGGGCGGAGGAGGACUACACCUCCCAGCGUGCCCCGCGCGUCCCGUGACGGGGGGAGGGGAUUGCGGCGGCCGAGCUGCUGCUGCUUCCGGGCUGAGCGAGUGUCGGUGCCGCAGGUGACGCAGCUCUCGGGCCCCGCACAGGGCGCAGCAUGGAGGCCGUGCCCCGGAUGCCCAUGAUAUGGCUGGACCUCAAGGAGGCCGGGGAGUUCGGCUUCAGCCAGGCUGUCAGACAGUUUGUCCUGAAGAAUUAUGGGGAGAAUCCUGACAAUUACAAAGAGGAGCUGAAGAAGCUGGAGCAGCUGAGAGAGAGCGCUAUCAGUGUGCCUCGGGACUUUGAAGGAUGCAGCGUCCUGCGCAAGUACUUCGGCCAGCUCCACUACCUGCAGAGUCGCAUCCCCAUGGGGUCUGAGCAGGAGGCGGCUGUCCCCAUCACCUGGACUGAAAUCUUCUCCGGGAAAUCCGUGACUCACGCUGACAUCAAGUACGAGCAGGCCUGCGUCCUGUACAAUUUGGGAGCUUUACACUCGAUGCUGGGGGCUAUGGACAAGAGAGUCUCGGAGGAGGGGAUGAAGAUUUCAUGCACUCACUUCCAGUGUGCGGCCGGAGCCUUCUCCUAUCUGCGCGAGCACUUCGCUCAUUCGUACAGCGUGGACAUGAGCCACCAAAUCCUGAACCUGAACAUAAACCUGAUGCUGGGCCAGGCCCAGGAGUGUCUAUUGGAGAAAUCCAUGCUGGAUAACAGGAAGAGCUUCCUAGUGGCCAGGAUCAGUGCACAGGUAGUAGAUUAUUACAAGGAAGCCUGCCGGGCCCUGGAGAACUCGGAGACUGCUUCUCUGCUCGGGAAGAUCCAGAAGGACUGGAAGAAGCUGGUGCAGAUGAAGAUUUACUACUUUGCAGCCAUUGCUCACCUGCAUAUGGGGAAGCAGGCAGAGGAGCAGCAGAAGUACGGGGAGCAGGUGGCCUAUUUACAGAGUGCGCUAGACAAGCUGAAUGAAGCCGUCAAACAGUCCAAGGGCCAGCCGUCCACUGUACAGGACGCUCUGCGCUUCACCAUGGAUGUCAUCGGUGGGAAGUUCAAUUCUUCCAAGAAAGACAAUGAUUUCAUCUACCAUGAGUCUGUGCCAGCGCUGGACACGCUGCAAGCUGUGAAAGGUGCCCCUCUGGUUAAAGCUCUUCCAGUGAACCCCACUGACCCUGCUGUGACUGGGCCCGAUAUCUUCUCUAAGCUGGUACCGAUGGCAGCUCAUGAGGCAUCGUCACUGUACAGUGAGGAGAAAGCGAAACUCCUGCGUGACAUCAUGUCCAAGAUAGAAGCCAAGAACGAAAUCCUCGAUCAGUUCACAGACUCCCUGCAGCUGGAUCCGGACACGGUGGAUAAUCUGGACAUCUACACUCGCAUCCCGCCUGCCCUGAUGGAGAAAUGCGCUGCGCUGAGUGUACGGCCGGACACUGUGAAGAGUCUAGUCCAGUCUAUGCAGGUACUGUCUGGAGUGUACACCGAUGUGGAGGCGUCGCUGAAGGACAUCAAGUUCCUGCUGGAUGAAGAUGAGAAGCAAGAGGAGAAGCUGCAGGAUGAGGUUGGAAAGCAGGCAAAUGCACCGCCCUCGCCUUCCAUUGCAGAAGUGAGCAAGGAAUGGACCAAAUACAUGGAGGUGCAUGAGAAGGCCAGCUUCACCAACACCGAGCUGCAUAAAGCUAUGAAUCAGCACAUCGGCAACCUGCGGCUGCUCACCGGGCCCCUAGACCAACUCCAGCAAGCGCUUCCUGCCCCCAACCUGACUGAGGAUGACACAUCUGUGCUGCAGAACCUGAAGAGGAUCCUAAACAAGGUGCAGGAGAUGAGAGAGCAGCGGCUGUCUCUGGAGCAGCAGCUGCGGGACACCAUACAGAAGGAUGACAUCACCACCUCUCUGGUCACCACCGACCGCUCGGAGAUGAAGAAACUUUUUGCGGAACAGCUGAAGAAGUACGAGCAGUUAAAGGUUUACAUUGACCAAAACCUUUCGGCUCAAGAGAACAUCUUAAAAGCCCUGACGGAAGCCAAUGUCAAAUACGCGCCUAUACGGAAAAUUCUCACAGAGUCUGAACAAAAGUGGAACCACACUGUGCAGACUCUCAUCUCUUCCUUUGAGGCCUAUGAGGACCUAAUGAAGAAGUCUCAGGAAGGAAAAGAUUUUUAUGCAGACUUGGAAAGCAAAGUUGCCAAACUUCUGGAGAAAGCUCGGGGAAGCUACGAGGCCUCUCAGGCCAGCCGACUGCAGAUCCUGGAACGGGAACUGAAGAAGAAACCGCCUCCUCGUCCAACAGCCCCAAAGCCGGCGCUGGAGAAGAAGUCUUCCGACCUGGACCUUGAGAACGUUCCUGCUGCCGAUCUUGCAGACAUGCAGCAGUUCCUCUCUGAUCUCCCUGAAGAGCUGAGGAGUUUACCUCCCGAAGCCCUGAUCGCUCACCUGGACCGGUUGUCUGCAGAUGCCCUGGGCGUAUUUCCCGUAGAUCCAGUAGCUGCGUAUAGUGGAAUAAGGCCGCCUGGUACAAACCCUUACAGGGAUGGUAGAACAGCAAGUGCUCCUAUGCCAGAUCCACUAGCAGUGCCUUUCAGCCAGGCUUCUUAUAAUGCUUUCCCUGGACAAACCCAACAAUAUGCUGCUCGUAUUAUGCACGGUCACGCCUUCCCGCCAGUCUCUUAUGGCAAUAUUCCUCCAGUGAGCUCUGGCACUGCCAUCUCUUCACAGUUCAUGCAUCCAUCUGCUGCUCAUCCCAGUGGGCCAAGUCAUAUACCAAUUUCUUCACCAUCGCAAAUUCCAAACAUGUAUCCAGCAAGGGGACCAAACCAAGCAUCUGCUACUAUGCCGCAAGGUUACUUCACUCAGAGGACUUCCCCGCAGCAUGUACCAAUGCCAGUUUCUGGAGCGGCACCACCGGCACCUCAGUUUAAGCCAACUGCUGCAAUGGCCUAUGGAAUGGGGCAGCAAGUUCCACAGUCGUCGGCUGUACCUGUUGCCUUUAACCAGUAUGUCCAGCCUUCCGAUUCAAGACUGCAUUUCCCUAAUCCAGCACCAAUGAAUAAUUUUCAUCCUCAGGUUACACAAGGCAUUCGUCCAGCCACCACUACAGUAGACAGCAUUCAAGGGCCCAUUUCAAGCUACACAGCUCCCAGGUUGCCAGGCCCAGCCUCCACGGGGGCACCUCUGAACAACCAGCCCUUGCCACCAAACUUUUCUCAGAGUGGUUAUAUGGGAGCCACAGGGCAUCCAGUAAUGGGUCCGACCACUCCAUUUCCAUAUUCUCAAAGCGGAAUUCAGAAUUACGUUCAACCAUCCCCACCACAUUUACCACAUCCUCAGUCAGCUCAGAUGUUUCCGAUGCCUGGGCAGUCCCAUCUAAGGCUGGACAUGCAGGGACGGCAGCAGCCUUUUCCUGGACAGCCUCAAUUUACACCUCAGAUGAGGGCUGUCCUCCAUCCACAGCCACCUCCUGCCUAUCAGCCCCAGGGGCAGCCUCCAGGAAUGCCCUUUAUUAACCAAAUGCCACCUCAGCAGCAGUUCCAGCAGUUUGCAGUGCAGCCUUCACACCCAUCAGUUCAAGCCCCUCCGCACUUAAUGCCUCAGCGGUAUCCAGUCGCUCACCAGGAUAAACUGCCUCAGCAGCCUCUCCACACAACCUUUCCUGGUGCCCUGCCUAGAGUAUCUCCCCAGCCGGUACAAGCUGUACCUCCACCCAUGAGUCAGUCAUCAUCUCAAAUUCUCCCCCAUCCUGCAGUUCCCACAAUGCAAACUCUACCUCCUGGUUCAACGUCCCAAAUUGCACCGACAGUGCCCUUUGUUCCCCCUGCAAGACACACAGUACCCCCUGCUAGUGGUGUAGUUAAUUCAAUACCACCUGGAACUCAAAUGACAAUAGGAGCACCUCAGGCUGCGCCUCUACCUCAUCACAUACAACCUCCUGGUAGCCCAGCUGUGGGCCAGUUACCAGGUACUUCAGGAGCGCCGGCCAUUCCUUCUCCGGCACCUUCUCCCCAGCCAUCCCUGGUUGUCCAACCUCCAGCAGUCCUUUCAUCUACUGCUGUGUCUACCUCCACAGCUAUGCCUCAGAGGCCGCCCCCUACUUUGACGCCUGGUACAACACCGUUAAGUCAAGGCUCUAAUGAACCCGUCUUUCAGCGACAGAGCUCCACCACAGAUGACCUUCUGUCAUCUAGCCCUGAGAGCCAACAUGGAGGGUCUAAAACAUCAGUUGGUUUGUUGCAACCAACUAAGGCUGAUUCUAAAGAUGGGCAGAAACCCAAGAGCAUCCAGCUGAUCGAGAAUGAUCCGUAUGAAAAGCCGGAACGUGUCAUGAGGUUGUUGUCUGAGCUUGAACGUUUCCGUGUUGUGGUUGGAGCUCUUGAAAAACCGGUACCUGGUGCUGCAACCCAGUUGGAUUUCAUGUGGAAAGAGUUCCAGGAUGCCCAAGAGAAGGAGGCUAGGCACCUUUCCAUCGCCAUUGCUCGUUGUUAUACCAUGAAGAACAGGCACCAGGACAUUAUGCCCUAUGACAAAAAUCGCAUUUUCCUACAGUCUGGGAAGGACGAUUACAUCAAUGCUAGCAAGAUUGAGGAUCUUUCACCAUACUGCCCUACCGUCAUUGCCACGCAGGCUCCGCUGGUAGGAACAGCCUCAGACUUCUGGUUAAUGAUUUAUGAACAGAAGGUCUCGUUGAUUGUCAUGUUGGUGUCGGACCUGGAGAUUGAAAAGCAAAAAGUGGUGCGGUAUUUCCCCAGCGAGCGCGGUCAGCCUCUGCUACAUGGGCACAUCACGCUGACCCUCACCAGCCACAAAGUGGCCGAUACACACGUGGAGAGGGUGAUUUCACUGCAGUACAAGGACCAAAGCCUGAAGCGUUCUAUCAUCCACCUACAGUUCACGUCCUGGCCUGAGCUGGGGCUCCCUGACAGUAAGGGACAUCUGUUGCGUUUCAUCCAGGAUGUGCAUAAACACUACUUACACCAGCGCCCCCUCCACACACCCAUUGUGGUGCACUGCAGCUCUGGCGUGGGGCGGACCGGGGCUUUCUGCCUCCUAUAUGCCGCCGUGCAGGAGGUGGAGGCUGGCAACGGUAUCCCUGAUCUGGCAGAGCUGGUGAAGAAGAUGAGGCAGCAGAGGAAGCACAUGCUGCAUGAGAAGAUACACUUGAAGUUCUGCUACGAGGCGGUCCUGAAGCUCGCAGAACAGGUUCUACAGCGACACGGCGUCUGCACCCCCUCCUCCAGCAAGCCACAGCACAGCUCUACCCAGAAGCUGUACACCCUGCAAGAUCCGCAGGACAUUGUUCUUGGCGGAGACAUGCCCAUCAGCUCAAUCCAAGCUACCAUUGCAAAGCUGAGUAUUAAACCCUGCUCCGGCAGCCCUGAGAGUACCAACCAUUGCCAGCCAGCUCCACUUCAAGACCCUUUCAUAAACGAGCAGCUAUCAAGUGAGAUCCUACACCUUGUGCUUCCUUCCAGCUCCUCGCAGCCAGAUCUUGCAGCGCAGAUAAACGCUGAGCCGCAUUCAUCUCCCAUCCAUCCUCAGGCUGCUGCCAAUGGCCCUACCAGCACCGUUACCGCUGAAGCUACCAACCACAGUGCCUCCAUCUCUGCCGAGGCCAUGCCGAGUCCAGAGCACGUUUCUGCUCCUAUACCUCCAUCGUCAUCAUCGUCGUCCUCUCUCAACCUGCUGGCCUCUCUGACCCCUGAAACCUUCAGCUUGGACAACUCUCAGCGGGGAAAGCAGAGGAUGAACAAGAAUAGCUUUCUCCAGCCACAGAACGGAGGGGGCCUGGCACGGGGUGGAAAAACGGGCGAUGACCCUCUGAAUAUGCUGGACCCACUGUGGACACUGAAUAAAACAUAGUCUGUGUGGAGACGGAAGACCUCUGGACAAAGUUGUCCUUUCCACUCCACACCCUGGAUUUGGGAACAUAGUCACUCUCAGACCACAGGUGUAGGCACUGUACUAUCUCCUCUGGGUCCAUUAGAACAUAAAUACUUAUUCGUAGAUAUAAUACACUCCCCUGGACUCUUCUUGCUGCCUUAACAUGACACUAGACUCUUGCUGGGCGACCCUAUGGACUUACCAUGGAAACAGUGCCAAUACGCUGGUAAGAACCAAGUGGGCAGCCCAACACUCACCUGGCAGUAACACUUACUGCUUUGCUCAAAUGGUUAUCAUCUGACCCAAGGACCGCAGGUGCGGCAAAUGUAGCAUCAGUGGGAUUGGUCUUGUGGCGGGCCGCUCCAGCUGGCUGUGCUUUGGACGUGGACCCCCGGAUACAGUGGAAUAAUGCUGCCUUACAUAGCAAGGGAUCUCUUGGUCAGACGCCCUCUUACGUCAGUGUGUAGAUGACCCUUUGCAGUACAUUGUCAUUUGUUAUACAGCCCGGCAAUGGAUCUUGUAUUCCUGAAAACCGUUGACUGUUAGAAGAUGGAAACGCAGUAACACUAGAAAGGGGAAGACGUGAUCACUGACAUCUAUCUUAUGAAAUCUUUGCAAAUACUAGUAAAGUGCGAGUAAUAAACAUUCUCUAACAUUUAUCGCCAUUUAUAAGGGAACCUUCACUUGUUUCAAAGUUCUUAGUUUUGUACCCACUGCUUAUAGCAGCCCAGCUUCCAUUAGUAUGAUGCAUCAUUGGGUGUAGUACCAUCUUAUCACCUGCAGGGUUCAGUAUGGAGAGAUUUACCAUCUGUGCGCAGUAACAGCUGAGAUAUUGCAGAGAGAGCCUCCUGUUUCUAUCCGAAAUACAGUGCAUUAAGUAGCUUUGAUACACAUAACACAUUAUCUCCAGCAUGUGGGAAAAUAACUUGUCGUUCUUGGGGAACAGAGAUUCUUGGCACUGAAGGGGCAAUAUACAGUGGAAGCAGCGACCUGAUUGACUGAAACGAUACUCCUGCUGACCUCACGGAGAAAAAGCAUUCGCCAGGGACACCGUGGGCCUCGGAGAUAUGGCUGCUUCCCAGAGACCGAGCCGGCUGCAUGCCCAGGAUUAUGUAGGCCUAUGCUGGGUGUAGUUGUUGUUGGCACCUUAUUAAAGAUAAUUACCGUACAUACAA